UUUCUAAGUUUUGCAAUUUAUCCCAUAGCUUACGCACAGAUUCAUCUCGAUCUCAUAUGGUCAGAACAACAAACACAAUUUCAGUCUUAUUCGGCAAAUGUGUACUUUACUGUUCCAUGAUUUAACGGGUGUUUUGGAGGCUUGGCAUGCAACAGCCGUCAAGAGUAAACUUAAAGACACGUAAUACGUUGAAAUUCAUGUCUUUCUUUCGUAGCGAAACUGCGCGUCCAGCAGUCGCGCGGCCCAUUUGGCGUGUGGGUAUGAGGUUGGUUGCCUCAGUUGCUCAGUUGAGUGGUUACCAGAGCCAAAUGUUGGUUGAUAAGCCAUUUUGUUCGUCCUCGUCUCUGUGUGACCAUCAAUUUGGAUAGAAGCAGCCUCGCUGAUCUUGUCUAGAUAGGUGAAAAACCAAGGCCGAUGAUGCCGUAAUUCGGUUCCACGACAUGACAAUUUCAUCGCCAUCUAAUGUUAUGACAUUUCGCAGCAACGUUUAUCGGAGCUUUUUUUCCCCUUCACUAGAAACAAAUGGCGGAAAAUAGACUACAAAUUGACUGGAAAGUGGCUACCGCACUGCCAGGAUCAUCUUUCAUCCCGUGCACCUAUAGUCCUUAAUAGAAGAAAUCUUCCUGACGGCUCGGAUUUAUUCUGUCGCUUGUAUUGCAUCCGGGCGCUGGUGCCUGUCUUGUCAGGAUCAACAACAUGGGUGUAAAUGAAUCAGGAAUGGUAGACAACACAAUAAUUAAUGGUACACCGGGACCGCUAAAAAAGGCAUUUCCUUUGGGACAUCAAGAAAAGGUGAUCUUUUUAACAGUGGACGUCCUUCUGGUUGUCAGCAUCGUGUUAGGUAACACUUUAGUUAUUUUAUCAGUGUUACUUGAACGGCGACUUCGAACACCAACCAAUGCGUUUAUUGCAAGUCUAGCCGUAGCUGACUUAAUGGUUGGGAUAAUUGUUAUUCCCAUUGAUAUUGCCUUUGGUUUGGGUUACGCCACGGACAUCCAACCUUUAUCUUGCCUGGCUAGUAGCAACGUGCUUACCACCAUGAUAAUCGUCUCCAUACUUCAUCUGACGGUGAUUGCGUACGACCGGUAUCUAGCUAUCACAGACCCACUGUCUUACGUGAUGAAGAUGAGUCGAAUUCGAAUUAUCUUGCUGAUUGCCAUCGCGUGGGUUACAGCGGUUUCUCUCUCUGUAAUGCCGUUACUAGGUUGGAACAACCUGCAGCAUUUCAGCCACGGCUACUGUGAUCUCUUGUUCAUCCACGCGUCUAGCUACCGUUUCUUUUCGGUGUCUGUUAGCGUGAUUUGCCCGCUGAAUCUGAUGUUGUUCUUCUACUUUAAGAUGUUCCGCGUGGCCAAAAGACACAUGAAUCGAAUCGCCGCCCAAGAGGCCACAACAGCGAGACGCCCAACUCUACGCCGAGAUGUCAAGGCGGCUAAGACAGUUGCAAUGAUCCUUGGCUUCUUCUUAGCUGCCUGGACGCCCGCCUCUCUGAUCUCAGUCCUCGACACGUUCAUCAAAGUGGAUGCCAACUUGGAGGAAAAACUGCUGAUAUACGAGUUGACCUUCUUUCACAUUGCCUUCACCAAUUCGAUGGUCAAUCCGGUGAUUUACGCCUUCCGGAACAAGGAGUUCCGCCACUCUUUCAUGAAAUUAACCAGCGCUGUUUUCCGAUGUGGAUGCUGGAUUCGCCGUGUCCGGGCUGCGGCCAGAGGAGUAGAGAUGACCGGUUAUCAGGACCACAUCUCAGGAAGUGUAACAAUCAACAGACAUGGGAUAGAGAACACCAACGCGAACAUUGGUUCUAAGGCACUAUCCAUGAGGGUUGAAAGUUGCCAUUCUAUCACUUCUGUUCAAAGUUAAAGUAAAAAUUAUACUUACUGCCCUGUUUGAAAAGCAUAAACUACAUUAAGUCCCAAAUUACAUUAAGCCCAAUCUAGAAAGAAAAUUUAUACUGCUCAAUCGAAUCUUGGAAACGCAUGCUGUCAAAAUUGCCGUCAUAGUUACGUUCUUCAUGCCUAACGGUCUGUGAGUACUGAGAACAGAUACAUCAGCUUCAAGAGUGUAUCAUAGUAGAAAGGCCUUACGGUGAUUAGUCAAGGUUAAUUAAUUACAGCAACGUAUAGAACAUUCAUGUAACCGUGGACCAAAACCCCUCUGAGGUUUUGGGCGCCAAACCUCUCUAAACUCUUUGCAGUUUGCACUCACCCUAUACAACUCGAUCACAUUAAGGUCGUAAUUUCAUCACUUCGCACUCAUUAAUUCCACCGCCAUCAGUGGUUGAUUAUUGGCAAAACUGAUGUUUUUCCUGUUAAAUGACUUCCACAAAAGGAGUUUAUUCGCUUCGCGUGAAUUAAUAAAAUUGUUUGACAGUUUCCACGUGAAGGUCACAAAAGGUAAUGACAGUCACGCGAUGACUUUCAGGAAAUUUCCAACCUAAAGUUGUAUAAUUCCACGGUCUAUUUACUGUAUAUCGUCCAGUCCUUUAUGUGCAUUUCAUUCACAA